AUGUCCGGCCUAUCUCCCAGUGAUGUAGAAUACGAGAAAGCCCACAUUCACCAGAGUCGGCAAGCAGCGUGCUAUGCUGUCACAAUCACCUUUUUUAUUCUAGCCAUUUGCUGUAUCAGUCUCCGCGUGAUAUCCAGACGCAUGCAACGAUUGUCUCUGGCGCUAGAUGACUAUCUAGCCAUCGCAGGCGCCAUACUAUUGAUUCCCUUCAUGGCCGCCAGUCUUGGAGUGGGAGGUGGUCAACCUCUACGCCUAUACUAUCUGUAUCACUGUCAUCAAACUGUCCAUCCUGGCUCUUCUAUCCCGCAUUUUCGCCAGCACCGCCCGCGGAUUCCACAUCUGCAUCUGGAUCCUGUCCCUCUGGAUGAUCCUAUGGGCCGUUGCGUUAUUGUUUGCUUACUCCCUCCAAUGUCGGCCUUUCUCGAGCAUGUGGAGUCUCACAAAUUCUUGUCGGUCGAGUCUCCGGCUGGAGUACUCUGCUAG